GAGUGCAAUUUAGGAAAAUCACUUUCUUACGGAAUGGACAGGAAAAACAAUUUUCGGCAGCUACUCAUGUUGUUCCAUUAUCGUCUUGCUCAACAUGCUUAUCGCUAUGAUGAGCAACUCUUAUCAAUACAUUUCUCGUUUCAGAACCAAGCAGAUAUUGAGUGGAAAUUCGCGAGAAGCAAACUUUUCCUUGAAUACUUCGAUGACACCGCAACUUUGCCUCCUCCAUUCAACAUCAUUCCUAGUCCAAAAAGUUUCUAUUAUGGUGAGACAAAACUUAUUAGACUCUCUUGA